UGCUUUCUACCAGUGCCAGUCCCAAAACGCUUCUCUUAUCAAAGAAACACACCAAAAACUGCAUUCAAUCACAGCAUUAUCAUGGGGACUGUUUGUUUUUCAUGGCACUUUUGUUUGUUUUUCGCUUUCAUUUAUACUUGCGGUGUUAAGGCAAACGGUGGACCCACAGAUGCAGACGAAUGUGCUGAGGCAACGGAUGACUGUCACAUUGAUGCACUUUGCCAAAAUACCCCCAAAUCAUUCAAAUGUAUCUGUAAACCAGGCUAUAAGGGUGACGGGAAACAGUGUGAAGACAUUGACGAAUGUGAUAAUGACUACACUGGCGGCUGUGUUCAUGAGUGCAUCAACAUUCCAGGAAACUACAGGUGCACUUGCUACGACGGCUUCAUGCUUGCACAUGAUGGACACAACUGUCUGGAUGUGGAUGAAUGUGCUGACAAUAACGGUGGCUGCCAGCAGAUCUGUGUGAACACCAUGGGAAGCUAUGAGUGUCUGUGCAAGCAGGGCUUUUUCCUGAGUGAUAACCAGCACACCUGUAUCCAUCGUUCUGACGAUGGGAUGAACUGUAUGAACAAAGAGCAUGGGUGUGCCCAUAUAUGCAGGGAGACGCCCAAGGGUGGGGUAGCCUGUGAAUGUCGACCCGGCUUUGAGAUUGCCAAAAACCAAAGGGACUGCACAUUAACCUGUAACUAUGGAAAUGGAGGAUGCCAGCACACAUGUGAUGACACGGACAGCGGCCCUGUCUGUGGCUGUCAUCAGAAGUAUGCUUUACACUCGGACAGCAAAACGUGUAUCGAGAAGGAUGAGGCUGCAAUUGAGAGCUCUGAGUUCAAUGCCACGUCAGUAGCUGAUGUGGACAAGCGGGUGAAACGUCGGCUAUUUAUGGAAACCUGCGCUGUUAAUAAUGGAGGCUGUGACCGGACAUGCAAAGACACAGCCACUGGGGUCCGUUGCAGUUGUCCAGUUGGAUUCACCCUGCAGCCUGAUGGGAAAACAUGCAAAGAUAUAGAUGAAUGUCUGGUGAACAAUGGCGGUUGUGACCAUUUCUGCAGGAACACGGUCGGCAGUUUUGAGUGCAGCUGUCAGAAAGGACACAAGCUCCUAACGGACGAGCGCAGCUGUCAAGAUAUCGAUGAGUGCUCUUUCGAAAGAACAUGUGACCAUAUGUGUAUUAACUACCCAGGGAGUUUCGAAUGCCUGUGUCACAAAGGUUAUACACUGUAUGGACAGACACACUGUGGAGAUAUUGAUGAAUGCAGUAUUAAUAAUGGCAGUUGUGAGCACGGGUGUGCAAAUACAAUGGGUAGCUAUGAAUGUCUCUGCCCGUCUGGGGUGAAGCUACACUGGAACAAGAAGGAUUGUCUUGAGGCCGUGAAAUGUCUCCCGGGUGCCAAGCCUGUCCCCAAGGCGCAGCUCAUCUGUUCCAAGACUGGAGGAGUGGAGAGCUGUUCAUUAUCCUGCCCAUCUAACGCACUGUUUGUUGCAGACUCUGAAAACAGUUACACUUUAAGCUGUGGAGUUCCAGGACAGAUGACAAAAUCCCCACAGAAUCGGAACAGCACCUUACUCAGCUGUGGAGAUACCUCAGCUCCACCUAUUAAGCAGAAAGCCAGGUUUAAAAUUAAAGAUGCCAAGUGUCAUCUAAGACCUCGCAAAAAGGAGAAAUUAAGAGAGGCUCCAAAACCAACCUUGACAGGAGGUCAAUUCCCUUGUACAGACAACUGCCAGGUGACCUUCGUGAACCUGAAGUGUGACUCUUCCAAGAAGAGGCGACGGGGCCGCAAGUCCCCCACCAAAGAGGUGUCGCACAUCACUGCUGAGUUCCAGGUGGAGAUCAAGGAGGAGGAAGUAUCAGAGUCUUGCAAUAUUGAUUGUGUCCGUAAGAGGAUGGAACAGAAGCUUCAGACGGCGAUCAAGACCCUAAAGAAGUCAAUCAACAAGCAGCAGUUUUACAUCCACUUCUCAGGGAUGGAGUACGAAGUGGCCCAGAAGCCAGCGAAGAUGGCUGAGAGCCAGGAGCUGUGCAGCACGGGACAGAUCCUCCGGGACGGGAAGUGUGUGAGCUGCAGUGUGGGGACGUUCUACAGGGGAGAGCUGGAGCAGUGCAGCCAGUGUCCUCCAGGCUCAUUCCAGGACACUGAAGGGCAGCUGUCCUGUGAGCCUUGCCCAAGCAAUGAAGUGCAGGGAAUAGCUGGGGCCAGGAACGUCUCUGAAUGUGGAGGUCAGUGCUCUCCAGGGCACUUCUCAGCGAAUGGAUUCCGGCCCUGUAUGCCUUGCCCUCUGGGCACAUACCAGCCUGAACCUGGGCGAGUGCUGUGCUUCCCAUGUGGAGGAGGCCUUAUGUCCAAAUAUGAGAGCGCAGUUUCUUUCCAAGAUUGUGAAACCAAAGUACACUGUUCCCCUGGUCACCAUUACAACUCGACCACACACAGAUGUAUAAGAUGUCCUAUUGGAACCUACCAGCCUGAGUUUGGCCAGAACUACUGCAUAACCUGCCCAGGAAAUACAACUACAGAUUUCGAUGGCUCCACAAACGUCACACAUUGUAAAAACCAGCAGUGUGGAGGUGAGCUGGGAGAUUACUCAGGAUUUAUUGAGUCGCCCAACUACCCAGGAGACUACCCAUCAAAUGUGGAUUGCAUCUGGAACAUAAACCCGCCCCCAAAGAGGCGUAUCCUGAUAGUGGUGCCAGAAAUCUUCCUUCCCAUCGAAGAUGAGUGUGGAGAUGUUCUAGUUAUGAGAAAAAGUGCUUCACCUACCUCAAUAACAACAUAUGAAACUUGCCAGACAUAUGAGAGGCCCAUAGCAUUUACAUCAAGGUCUCGCAAACUCUGGAUUCAGUUUAAAUCUAAUGAGGGUAACAGUGGCAAGGGAUUUCAAGUGCCAUAUGUCACUUAUGAUGAGGACUACCAGCAGUUGAUAGAAGAUAUUGUACGUGAUGGGAGGUUGUAUGCUUCUGAAAACCAUCAAGAAAUACUUAAGGACAAAAAAUUGAUUAAAGCACUUUUUGAUGUACUAGCUCACCCUCAGAACUACUUCAAAUACACUGCACAAGAAUCUAAGGAGAUGUUCCCAAGAUCCUUCAUUAAGCUGCUCCGGUCCAAAGUCUCCAGGUUCCUACGGCCAUACAAAUAGUCCCCCAUUGAAAGCUCAUUCUCUACAUUCCUGCUCCAAAUCCCCCAUCUUUCAAAAGAAAGGAAACACUGUUCUCCAAGCUUCUUUCUUUCUUUCUUGUCUGGAGAUUCUUCUGUGUUUUCAAAGACUAUUUAUAUUGUAUGUGCUAUAAAUCGCAGAAACCAGUAUUAUGGAUGGGUUUUAUAUUGGUUAAACUUUUUUUUUUUUGGUUUGUUUCUCACUAAAAGUUGUGGACCCUAAAGUGCAUGUGAUUCAGAUGACAAAUUCAUCUGAGCAGUAUUAGUUACUUUCUGCAUUUGAAAAAUAAAAUAUACAUCUAAGAAAUAGAGAAAGCAUCACGGAAACUUUCCACGUUGCAGAGGUUCUCUGCAAUGUGGAAAGUGUGAAAACAAAAGAGAAAUGAUUAGGCCUGGUAGAUUUUUUAAUAAUAUAUAUAUAGUCACAGAUACAAUUAUUUGGGAAAAAAAUAGAAAAACCACAAAGAAAGUGAUUUCUAUAAUAUGUAAUUGUUCUGUUGAAAGAUAUAACUUAGAGAUUCAGCUUUAUAAUAAGACAACUAAUUAUUAAAUAACAUGCAUAAAAUGAAAAAUAACAUGCAUAAACUAAUUUCAUACUUUAACAAAAGUAUUUGGGCACCCUUACAUUAGUGUUUUGUGUGCCCACCCUUUGCUUCCUUUACAGUUUGCAGUCUUUUUUUUGUAUUUUGAAACCAGUCCUUGGCAUUUUUCCAGAGAUAUUUUUGUCCACUCUUCAACACAUACAGCUUUGAAAUCUACAAUCGACUUUGGUUUCCUUUUUAUUACAGCAGCCAAGUCAAUCCACAACAUCUCGAUGGGAUUCAAGUCUGGGGACUGAGGUGGCCAAUCCAUAACUGUAAUCUUCAUUUUUUUCAGAAAUUCCUUUGUAGACUUCGCAGAAUGCUUAGGGUCGUUCUCCUGCUUGAAUACAAAUUUCCGUCCAAUAAGCCUUCUAGCACUGGGUAACAAAUGAGUGUGCAAAAUGUCUUGAUAUUUUGUAGCAGUCAUGGAUCCUUCUACAAUACAAAGGUCACCAGUGCCUGAGGAAGAAAAACAAGCCCAUAUCAUCACACAACCUCCACCAUCUUCAACACUAGGCAUGAUGAACUUUUCUUUAAACUCUUCUCCUCUCUUCCUCCAAACAUAUUGUUGCUUUCUUGGUGAAAAGAGUUAUAUUUUGGAUUUGUCUGACCAUAAAAUUAGGUUGAAGAAAUCAUCAAGCUUCUUCAAGUAUUCAAUGGAAAACUCCAAUCACUUUCUUUUGUGUAUUGUCAUCUUGGUUUUCACCCAUGGACAUUCAUCUUGUUAAGGUAUCGCUGAAUUGUUCGCGCGUGAAUUUCUUUACCAUCUUCUCUCAAUUUUUGUGUCAAAUCUUAUGCAGUAAUCCGAAGAUUUUGCCGGGCUGCUCGAAUGAUUCUUCUUCCAGAUUUUGCAGAAAUCUUUCUUGGUCUAUCAAACCUGGAGCUAGUUGCAGUUGUUCCUGUUCUCCUGUGUUUGUCAAUAACAGCCCACACAGUGCUUUUCGGUAAACCAAGUCUUUGUGCUAUUUUCCUGGUAGUUUCUCCUUUUUUGUUUGUAUCACUGCCAUUGCUGUACUCUUUAGUUUUAACCAUUUUUGUUGCUGUUUUGAAUCACAAAUUUCCAAUUUAUUUUUCAGUACUUAAUGAUUAUGUAUUUAUUUAUUCUAUAAUUAUCAUCAGGUGUUGGUUUUCAAUCAUGAUAAUUGUCAAUAAUUAGCAAGGAAUAGGUUUCAUACUAAAUAUGUUGAUUGGCCAAAUACUUUUGUCAAAGUAUGAAAUUCGUUUUUGCGUGUUAUUUUUCAUGUUAUAUAAUAAUUUGUUGUUUUAUUAUAAAGCUGAAUCUCUACUUUAAUGUAUAUCUUUCAAUAGAACAAUUAGAAAUGAUAGAAAUCACUAUCUUUGUGGUUUUUCUCAUCUUUUUAAACUGCCCAAAUAUUUUUGUCUGCGAGUGUGUGUGUAUGUGUAUAUAUAUAUAUAUAUAUAUAUA